AUGUUAGGAGGACUUUAUGGAUUAAAUUUUAAGUAGCAUUCGUAUCUUUUUUUAUGCUUAAUAUUACCUACAAUCAUUACAGGAUUUGGAUUAUUUUAUUUAGAUGAGGCACUGACAACUUUGUGUGUUUUGUAAUUUUUCUACGUUAUAAUACCUGCAAUUUAUAUACGGUAUCUCAGCAAAGAGGGCGAACUAAGAGUUUAUUUCAUAAAUGAAUUGGAGGGAAGAUAAGAAUAGAUCAAGAGAGGACUCUCAUUAUUUAGAAGUGCUUUUGGAAUGGUACUAUUGUCAUUAAUUUUCACAUAUUAUUGGGAAGAGGAGAUCAUGGAUUAUUUGAGGAUUCCUCUAUUGGAACAUCCUGCUUAUAUCGGAGCAUUCAUGUUGGUUUUGAUUAUCUGCAACCCAUUUUUAGAGGAAUGGUAUUGGCGAUUGUUUUUGAUGAAAACCUACAAGGAAAGUGAGAAGUAUAGAUUUAUAAUAAAUCUCUUUUAUGCUUUGUUCCAUUUCAUUAUGUUAUUUAAGAUAUUUAAAUCAGAUUGGGAAUUCGCAAUUGGGUUUUCAACAUAUUUUAUGUCAAUUGGGGGAUCCUUCGAACAUAUCAGAGAAAAGUACGGGUUCAUCACUUGUCUGAUGGCUCACUAUGGGAUGACCUUGGCUGCUUCACUAGCUUUAUUAGUUGUAUAUAAAUCAUAAUUGUAAUGA